AUGGCCACCAGAGACUUACCCCACUCAUUCCGUCAGUUGUUCCUUGGAGGAAUUGAGCGCCUCCCUGCGGAGAUGUGCUUCAACAAAAAGAAACCCGAAACUGAAGAGGAUAAGGCCCUCCACAAGGUGCAGAUGAAGAACUUGUGGCCCGCAUUUAUCUCUGGUGCUGGGUUGUUUUCCGAUGGUUACGUUAAUAACUCCAUUGGAACUGUCACCACUUGUUUGGCCCUCUUGUACAAGAAGGAGUAUACCAACUCCAACGCUAUCUCCAAUAUCGCUUCAAUUGCUUUUGCUGGUACCGUUAUUGGCCAAUUGUCCUUUGGUUACAUCUCCGACCAUUUGGCCAGAAAAGGUGGAAUGUUAGUUGCCAACGUGAUGCUUAUUGUAUUCACACUUCUCUGUGCCGUGGCAACGUGGUCGAACACUCCAUACGGCUUGUUUGCUGCCAUCACCACCUUCAGAUUCUUCUUGGGUAUCGCUAUUGGUGCUGAGUACCCAACCUCCUCGGUGAUUGCUUCCGAGUUUGCCAACCAGUUGCCUGAAGGUAAGAGAAAUAGAUACUUCUGUUGGUUUACCAACUUCUGUAUUGAUGCAGGUUUUGUUGUCUCUUCGUUUGUUCCUUUGGUGUUGUUGUGGAUAUUUUCCGAGAAGCAUUUGACUGUUAUUUGGAGACUCACUUUGGCUUUGGGUGUGUUCCCUCCGCUUUCCUUGUUCUUCAUGAGAAGAAAGAUGAAGAACUCUAAUUCUUAUGAAAAGCUCCACAUGAAGUCUGUGGCCAAGUUCCCAUAUUGGCUUGUGAUCAAGUUCUACUGGUUCAGAUUGGCUGUCAUUUCCAUUAUCUGGUUUAUCUAUGAUUUCUCUGCCUACUCUUUCGGUCUUUAUUCCUCCUAUAUUCUCUCAGUGAUUUUGCCUGGUGACGAUAUUUACAAGGCCUGGGGCUGGAACGUUGUGUUCAACUUGUUCUACAUUCCUGGCUCCUUCAUUGGUGGUUAUGUUUGCGACUACCUUGGUCCCAGACUCACAAUCACUAUUGGACUUAUCUUGCAAGCAGUUGUGGGUUUCGGUAUGACUGCUGGUUACAGCCACUUGAAGCACCACAUUGCUGGUUUUGUAGUGGUGUACGGUAUUUUCCUUACUCUUGGAGAGUUUGGUCCCGGUAACAACGUUGGUAUCAUGGCAGCCAAGUCUUCUGCUACUCCAAUCAGAGGCCAGUUCUAUGGUAUCGCUGCUGCUAUCGGUAAAGUUGGUGCCUUUGUGGGUACUUACAUUUUCCCAAUUAUCUUGAGAAACAACGGAGGUGCAGACUCAGACAAAGGAAUUACUACUGCUUUCUAUGUCUCGGCUUCUUUGUGUCUCUUUUCUGCUAUCUUGGCUCUUUUCUUCGGUCCUUCGAUUGGCCAGGAUGCUAUCGACCACGAGGACAAGCGUUUUGUUGAGUACUUGAAGUCUCAUGGGUUCGAUAUUGGAUCUAUGGGUAAUGGAACUAUCACCCAUGACUUGGAUGACUUAAGCACCGAUGAGGAGGCUGCUAAGAAGCAUGAGGCUUUGGUCCUGACCGACAGUGUCCAUUAG